UUUAUAUAAGACAAAUAUUUAUAUAAGCACAGGUGAGUAUCAAUUUAGAAGAACUUUAAAAAUAUUAAUAUACGAUACCAAUAAAAUUUUAAUGGUAGGUCCUAUGUGUUAAGAAGCACACAUAGAAGCAGUGUUGAAUACUUUAGCGCCAAAAUAUCAAUAUACGAUACCAAUAGAAUUUCAAUGGUAGGUCCACACCAAGGUCCAGACAUAGAAGCAAGGAAUACUUUAGCGCCCUCAACAUUAACUCGGUUCGCCUAACUUUUGGGAUCAGUCAUUAGACUGAGGGAGAUUUUCAAUUGGCGGCUGGUUACACUGGAAACUAUUUGUUUAAAUAUCACAUCAUUAUACAUUAUCCUUAUGAAUUUUUUAAAAACUAUAAAUAUACCUUAUAAUUUUUUCAUUUAAUUAUAAUUAUGAGUUCUCAUUAAUUACAAAUUAAAUUGCUUUAGAGAGGUAAGUAAAGUUAUCAUUUUUAGAGCAUGCACGUUGUCAACCGUCAUGCGCAGUUAAAACAGUGAAAAGGUUUAUUAUACAUGUGACCGAAUAAUCUGGAUCAUUUGUUCACGAGGCGUUGCUGUCAGUCAUCCGACUUCGAGGUUUUGUAGUGUAUUGAUUAUAAUGUCGAAGUUUAGGAAGUUUUACGUUGUGGAAAAGUUUGAAAGAAGAAAAAGAUCAAAUGUGGGAAAAGCGUUUUCUGUAGGCAUGGUGAUCGAAGAAGGUGGUAACAGUGUGGUACCAUGCUAUGUUAACAAUGAAUUUGUAGAGUCGGAGGUCGAGUCCCGGUUGUUCAGCCUAGCAGUUGGAACAAAAGUUUUCGUGACACACGUAUUUGGAGGAAGCUCUUUUCGGGUGACCGAGAAAUCGAAGGUGAUGACUAAUGUGGCGGAUUUUGAUAUCAACAUGGAAGUUGUACAAGAAUUUAUUUCUCCAAAAGUAGUGUCGCUGGUAGAAGCACGUGGUUCACCGAAGAAACGAAGACUGUCGGUACGAGGUAGUGUUAUGGAGGUUGGAAAGUUGAGUGAAGCAGAUAGUUAUAAAAGGCGUAUGUUGAAGCUGGGUAACAAUAAUGAUGGUUCUGUAGAUAUUGUGUUGUGGGGGAGGCAGCUCUCAGUGCAUCAAAUUUAUUGUCAAAUGAAGUGACAGUAUCAGCUGUAAUUGUUGACGACCGUGAACAACUUAGAAGUACUCCAUCAACAAAGUUUGAGUUUGGUGGUUUGAAUUCUAUUGAAGGUGUUGUGGUGGCCCUCGGGGAUGAGAGUGAUGGAUAUCCUGUGGAUAUGAUAUUGGAAUCUGAUGAGGUAUUUAAGCUUCCUGAAAACUUGGAAUUUGAUUUAUCGAUUGCAUUGCCAUGUGGAAUAAAGUUUUCUGCGGACAGUUUUGGUGUAGUAACAGAAAUUGAAAUUUUGUAAAUGGUGAAGUUUUAGAAAAAGAGAAAUAAUGUAGUUUUAGACUUGUUUUUUAAGGGUUUUAACGUUGGCUGAAUAUUUUAGUUUUGACAUGCAUUUUAUGUCGGUUUAUGAAUUUAAAAGUAUGAGAAAUAAAGCUUUUUGCAGACAGUUUUGGUGUAGAAAUAGAAAUCAAAACUUUUUAAAUUGUGAAGUUUUAAAAAGAGAGAAAUCAUGUAGUUUUAGAGUUCAUUUAAAGGUUUUAACGCUGGAAGAUUGUUUUUAGUUUUAGUACGUAUUUUAUGUCAGUUUUGCAAAUGUGGAGAGUGAAAUUAGUUUUAUUGUAGUCAGUUGUGUAAUAAAAGAAAUCAAAACUUUGUAAAUUGUGAAGUUUCAAAAAGUCAGAAAUAUGAAUAUUUUAGUUUUGACAUGCAUUUUAUGUCAGUAGUUUUGUGAAUUUAAAAGUAUGUGAAAUAAAGUUUUUGCACAGUUUUGGUGUAGUAAUAGAAAUCAAAACUUUUUAAAUUGUGAAGUUUUAAAAAAGAGAAAUAAUGUAGUUUUUGCACUGUUAUUUAAAGAUUUUAGCCUUGGAAGAUUUUUUUAGUUUUGACAUGCAUUUUAUGACAGUAGUUUUUUCAAAUGUGUAAUAUAUGAAAGUAUGUGAAAUUAGUCUUUUGCAGUUUUUUUUUUUUUGUAAUUUGUGAAGAUUUAAAAUGUGGGAAAUAAUGUAGUUUUAGACUUGUGACAUGCAUUUUUGUCAGCAGUUUGGAGAAUGUAGCAUUUUCUAUGAAAGUUUGUGAAGUAAAGCAGACAGUUUUGGUGUAGUAAAGAAAUUGUGAAUAAAUACUGUAUGUUUGAAAAUAUGAAAA